CCGCCUUUUGGAUUGCGCUAAUUGAUGAAUCAGGCCAAUUUGUUUGGAAAACAGAUAGCGGCGACUACCCGAUUAGUUUCCAAGGUAAAUAGUGUUGUAUCGAUAUUCGUUUGGCGAAUAAUUUAUCUAAAAACCGACAGUGACAACAGAUGGAAAGAUGCAAGAUCGUCUUUGAAAGGCGUGAUUAUGCUGUCACCCAUUCUUGGGUUGCCAUGGAUAUUCGGUUUGCUUGCUCGAAAUUCGUGUGUUGCCAUAGGUACUAUUUUCACCGUUUGCAAUGCUCCACAAGGGGUGUUUCUGUUCUUCAUGCACUGCCUGUUUAGUAAAGAGGUGAGAACGGCAAUGAAGAUACAUUGGUCCAAGAGAAAGGCUCGGUUCAGUAUUCAGCCGCAAACAAUCGUCUUUGAAAGGCGUGAUUAUGCUGUCACCUAUUCUUGGGUUGCCAUGGAUAUUCGGUGA